AUGAAGCAUGUCCAGGAUACCAACUUUGAUGACACACUACUGAAGUCUGGUGGUUACUGCAAGCUGUCGCCGACCAAGUCCAGUGAUGCGCUCAUUCAGGUUGGUGGACGUCUUACCAAUGCCACUCUAGCAGACAAUGCGAAGCACCCUUGGAUACUACCAACGAGACAUCCCGUGACGACACUGAUAAUCAGACACUACCAUGCCACAACGGGUCAUUCCGGAAGUGAACGCACUCUCGCUGAGAUUCGCCAGAAAUGUUGGAUUAUCAGAGGGCGUGCUUCCGUCAAGAGCAUCAUUCACACAUGCAUCCCAUGUCGUAAAAGGAAGGCACCUACCAUGACACAGCGAAUGGCAGACCUGCCGAAGGACCGCGUAACUCCAGGACUUGCACCCUUCAGCAUGAAUGGCGUCGAUUUCUUCGGUUCAUUUAUGAUCAAGCGAACCAGGAGUGAAUUGAAGAGGUAUGGAUGUAUCUUUACUUGCCUUGCUACAAGGGCAGUUCAUCUGGAGGUUUGCCACAAUUUAGAGACUAGCUCAUUCAUCAACGCCCUGCAGCGUUUCAUCAGACGCCGGGAGAUCCGCUCAGACAAUGGCACCAACCUGGUCGGAGGGAUGCCAGAACUAGGUCAAGCCAUCCAAGAUUGGAACCAUGACAAGAUUGACAACAUCUGUGCCAGAAGGAGAUUCAAUGGGUCUUCAACCCCCCUGCAGCUAGCCACUUCGGCGGUGUGUGGGAGAGGCAAAUUAGGACUGUACGUGCAGUUCUCAACAGCUUGCUCAAUCAGCAAACACUCGAUGAUGAAGGGCUCCUGA